CCACAUUGACUGAGAAUCCGUAUCCUAAUGUUUAGCCAUCACUUACCAAUGCUAUGGCUCGAUGACCUGUGGUGGGAAUCCAUUGCAGUACCAUAGUAUCAUAUCCGUACCAGAGUUUGUUUCUGUAUCAGGACCACCGUGCAGUAUAUUCGGUACAAAUCCAUAGUUGCCAUUUCAUGAUCUGUUCAGCGUAUACAGCACAAUACACCCUGGAAGCCCUCUACCCCUGAAACCAUGACAUCAGCAGCCCACUUGCCCGCCAGCCGUCAGGAGUUGAAGGAGUUUGACAGCGUCAAGGAGUCCAUCAGUGACAUCAUCAACCAGCUGCAGGACAUCGACCCUGCCCGCCUGUCCUUCUCGCCCUUUCUGGACCUGGACACCCAGAUCUCACUGGCACCCGUCUCCGACAGCCCCGAGUCCUCCGUGGAGGAGCUCAACUCCCUGUCCUGCUCCUCACUGGGGUCCCGCACCUCCCUGGAGCCACCACCAGGGGGAGCGAGAGAGGAGGGGCCCGGAACAGAGUGCACGCUGGGAAGGAGACAUUCAAAUUCAAAUCAAAGUGAGUGCUCUGAAACAUCUGUGGCAGAAGAGGAGGGGCUUGUGGUCGUCACAGUAACGAGCGAAACAUCCUUCCUGGAUGCUGUCAAGACAGAUGGCCACAGAGAUGGGUCUGUCCCUCAGUCCCAGGGGGGAAUUCCGAAUGGGACAGAAGAAAAUCACCCACAGGUGCUGAAUCGGUUUGAACUGACCAAUCAGGAAGCUACGAGGGACGAAGAACAGCCAUUCCUGGGCCCGCCCCCUCACGCCGAGACCAUAGAGCUUGUUUCCCAUGGUUCCCAGGGGCAGCCUGAAGAUCGGCCCUCCCUCGUGACUCCGGAGGCCUCAGACAGGGGGCACUGUUUGUGCUGUGGGUGUUGCCGGAGUGCCCGGCUCAGAGCGGUCUCCUCAGUCUUUGCUUCGCUGCUGCUCCUGCCCGCCGUGCUCUACGGACUGUACUUCUACCUGCCCUUUGACCCCCCGCUCUGCCCAGACCUGACCAGCCGAAUCACGUUCACCAUUCGCUGCUGCGUGGCUUCAGCGGUCCCCAUCAUCCUGGGUGUGCUGACAGCCGCUGUGUCCAGACUCUGCUCCCCUGCUCUCCACCCCCUGGAGGCGUGUCCACGAGGCCCCGCCCUCCAGCAGCGAUUCGUCUCCACCUCCGUGGAGCAGCUCCUCCUCUACGCCCUCAACCUGGUUGUUAUGGCGACUUUCCUGGAGCAGGAGCAGCUGAGGGCCGUGCCCACUCUGGCAGGCGUGUUCGGAGCUGGGAGGCUGCUGUACUGGCUCUCUCUCCAUCUCUGCAGCUCCCUGCGGGGCUUCAGCUCAGGGCUCACCUUCUUCCCCCUCUUGGCGAUGGCUGCCUUCAACCUGUUCUGUCUCUUUGAGUUGGGGCUCAGUCACCUCUUCCCUGUCCCCCAGGGAGAAGCCUCCUCACACACCACACCAGCACCCGGCCUUGCAAUACUAGGCGGCUGACACUAGAGGGUGCCCUUGGCCUGCGUCUCCAGACUGCUGAAGUACCAAACAAAAUGUACUGCUUGGAAGUCAAUUCUGUCACAGCUGUUAGUUAUUUACAUAUAGAAUAAUAGACAGGCUGCAGUGAAUUAUAAGGUUAUAAUUGCAUCAAAGGGUUCUGGUGACAUCAUAAACCAGGAGAGCACAGCCGGUUGUUCAUGAUGAAUUCACCAGAACCCCAAGAUGCAAUUAUGACCUCACUGCAGCCCCACUUGUUAUUUUUCUUAUACUAUCGAUCCCACGACUUUCAAGGUUGACAUCAAAGGCACGUUUCUUUGUUGUGCUUUUGUUUUCUUGGUCUCCGAUGAAUGAGUCUCUGGCUUCUAGUGUGGAAAUUUCAAAAUAGGACAGUUUAAAAGAUAUACAGAGAAGUCAUAAAUUGUCGUCACAUUGCUUAAUUAUGAUUUUUUGACGUAUGGGCUGAGAUGCGAUUAUAAUAUCUAAUGUGCUGCCCCUAUCGUUCACUGUGUAUGUUUAUAAAAUGUUGUUUUAUAAAAUGCUUCUUUCAGGUUUGUAUUUCAAAGAGGAUUGCUAAUUGAAACCACAGUAAGAGCAGAUAUAUGUGUAGUGUAAUGUCAGAUGUUUUGUUGUUUGAGAAAAAAUAUAUAUUUCUGCUCUCAAUCAAGCCAUGUUGAGAAUUAUAAAUGAUAUAAAAAGGCCAACAAGAUGCUCGGAUAUAUUGUGAGAAGUGUUGAAUUUAAAUCAAGGAAAGUAAUGUUAAAACUUUACAAUGCAUUAGUAAGACCUCACCUAGAAUAUUGUGUUCAGUUCUGGUCACCUCGUUACAAAAAGGAUAUUGCUGCUCUAGAAAGAGUGCAAAGAAGAGCAACCAGAAUUAUCCCGGGUUUAAAAGGCAUGUCGUAUGCAGACAGGCUAAAAUAAUUGAAUCUAUUCAGUCUUGAACAAAGAAGACUACGCGGCGAUCUGAUUCAAACAUUCAAAAUCCUAAAAGGUAUAGACAAUGUCGACCCAGGGGACUUUUUUGACCUGAAAAAAGAAACAAGGACCAGGGGUCACAAAUGGAGAUUAGAUAAAGGGGCAUUCAGAACAGAAAAUAGGAGGCACUUUUUUACACAGAGAAUUGUGAGGGUCUGGAACCAACUCCCCAGUAAUGUUGAAGCUGACACCCUGGGAUCCUUCAAGAAGCUGCUUGAUGGGAUUCUGGGAUCAAUAAGCUACUAACAACCAAACGAGCAAGAUUGGCCUCCUCUCGUUUGUAAACUUUCUUAUGUUCUUAUAAUUAUCUGCUAAUGGGAGCUGAAUUAGAAUACAGCUGGUUUGUCGAAACAUAGCACUGUGGUACCAUUAUAGCAACGGUUCAUCCACUGCAGCUGCUCAGGAGCUAUCCUUGCACCUUAGCACAGAACCAUUGUAGUGGCAAUGCUAUUGAAGACCACAGCAGGGGUCCACUAGAGUUGUAAGGAGCAAUCAGACGAGACACAAAGCAUCAUUCAACAAAAAACACUUUAUUAAGAGACCAAAUUAAAAGCAAUUGAAUAUAGUACAGUGCAGUCGCAAUACACUGUAAAUCCAUUGCGUGCCCCUGGGA